AUGGCCCAAAAUCUAGAUGCCGAAGCGUUCAGUCAGCUGAAUCGAGAACAAAAGACACUACUAGAUACAGUCGACAGACUUCGAAGUCAAGGCGUUGGCGAGAUUGUUCAUCUGCCCCAGAUCAUCGUCGUCGGUGAUCAGUCGUCUGGGAAAUCCUCUGUUCUUGAAGCGAUAUCCCGCGUUCGCUUCCCCAUCAAAGGCGGGAUAUGCACUCGUUUUGCGACCGAGUUAGUAGUCAGGUCUUCUCCCCUCGAAAAGGUCCUGGUCAAGGUCCUGAAGAGUGAUGCCGACUCUGCCGACGAGCAGUUGGUGUUCGGCGAGAGCACGCUCGACCUUAGUGCGUUGCCCGAUCUUAUUGAGCGCGCCAAGAUCGAGAUGGGGGUUCAAAACGACGCCAAUGGCUUUACACAGGAUGCCCUGCACAUCGAAGUGUCUGGCCCAGACUUGCCGUCACUAACGCUGGUUGAUUUACCUGGCAUAUACCGAAAUCCAACAGCAGAUCAGUCUCGCGAAGGGAUGGGGAUUGUCUGGAAGCUGGUCGAGAAGUAUAUGGCGCAGAAGAACAGCAUCAUACUGGCUGUCGUGAACGCUAGUUACGACUUUUCGAACCAAGGGAUUCUCACAGAGGCCAAGCAGCAUGACCCGAACCGGGAGCGAACUAUGGGGGUCAUCACCAACCCCGACAGACUGGCGCCGAACUCAACGGAGGAGAGCAAGUACAUCCGUCUAAUUCGAAAUCAAGAGCCUCUUCAUACGCUCAAGCACGGAUGGCAUGUUCUGCGCAACCGGGGGCCUGAUGCCAAUGACGAGCAAGGCCAAGGACAGUCGCGAACUUCUGACAAGAGUAGAGACGAGGCCGAAGAGCAGUUUUUCUCCCAGGGCACUUGGGAGCCAUUAUCCCAAAACGUCAAAGGCAUCAGGAGCCUCCGAGAGAGGCUGAGCAAGGUCCUUACAAAGCAUAUUCAGCUAAGCCUCCCAGGGGUCAUUCAAGACAUUGAGAAGACGCUUGAGGCUAGACGCGAGGCUCUAACUCGUAUGGGGCAACCUCGAACGACUCCGGCUGAACUACGUCAAUACCUCCUUGGCAUCGCAGAAAGAUACCGUGACCUUGCUCGCCUUGCUGUCCGGGGCACCUAUGAUGACAAGUUCUUCGGGGAUCCCUCUGAGCUCGACUAUCCGAGUGGUCCUCAUUACAAAAGCGAUGGUCGCAGGCUACGUGCUGUCUUCAGGAAUCUUAGUUAUGCGUUCGACAGGGUGAUUAGUUCCAAAGGAAUUAGAAGACAGCUUCGAUGGAACGACGGCGAUCCCGAGCUCCAAGCUCGUCAAGAAGGGGAAGAGAGUUCGCCUGCAUUAGCACUCUACAUGGAUUUAUAUGCCGUGGAUGACCCAGAAGAGGUUUCAUGGACCAAGCUCAAGGAUGAGCUGGAGACUCAAGCAUUGGUCAAUCAAAGCACCAACUUUCCUGGGUCACCAAAUGACAGGCUCGCUCUGGACCAUUUCCGCGACCAGUCCCGACGGUGGAAGAGCAUUGCAAAAAUGUAUCUCGACCUUGUGAUGAACUCAGCCAAGGUUUUCGUCGAACUGGCACUGGGACACAUCACAGCUGGUGACGAAGAAACACGGAAUUCCCUGUUCCGAGAAUACGUCGACCCUUUCUUUGAACAACGUUCUCUCUGUCUUGAACAGAAAUUGGAAGAGCUUCUGAAACACUAUACUCACGGGGAAGCCAUCACCCGCGAAGCCAUGUUCAUCCGUGAGCUCUCACUCAGGGAGAAACGGCGUGUGGCUAAACAGGUGGAGGAUAUUUCAGCCACUAGACAUCUAGCGAUAUUUGGGAGCUCGCAGAUUCUGAGCAUAUCGGAGAGCAUGAUGGAAGACAUUGUGCUCAAGUCGCUUGGGAGCGAGACCAGCCCUUUUGGCCUGGAGAAGGUUGUUGACAUGGCUAUGGUAUACUACGAGAUGUCUUUGCGGACUUUUACGGAGAACGUCAUGAUCCUUGCAGCGGAGAACUGUUUGAUAUCUGAGCUACCGUCCAUGUUGACAUCGUCCAUGGUCCACGAGAUGGGCGAGGAUAUGUUGUCGAGCUUAGCAGCAGAAUCACCGCAAGUCAGCCAGGAACGCAGCCAACUUGAAAGAGACGUUCGGAUGUUGACAGAAGGCCUGCGUACCUGCAAACGACACCGAACCCAUGAACCGGCACAGACGGUAACGCCGGAGCCAAGCGAUCGGCUUUUCAUUCCACCUUAUCCGAAACCCAGCUCAAAUGCUGGUUCAAGCCCAAGGUCUUCACUUGGACAGGGUAUCACACCAGUUCCUGCUGCUCCUAAGUCAGGCUCAGCGGGGUUCUCGGGGCUCUUCGGCUCAUUAGGUUCGAAAGAGUCACUCAAGUCUCGAUGGGCACAGGCCACCAACGACUACCACAAAGCAGCAAGUGGAGAGAGUCCUGCCCCGAGUUUGGCCACAGCUCCUCAAGGCCCUAAAGGAAUUGCCCCAGCGUCAUCAAAUUCGAAUAAGAAAAACAGUCCAGGACAUGUCAAGGUAGAGGACGCUUUUGCUGUGGCGUUCACAAAUAAGUCGGCGUUCGGAAGCGGAUCGUCUUUCAGAGCCAGAUCAUCCCCUUGGGACUUGAUCACCCCUUCCACCAGAGAGGAACUGAGAUUGGGAAACUAUCGUCUGUCAAAGAGUCCUCUCUAA